AUGAAAAGUUCAGGAUCUCGAUUCUUCUCGACACUAGAGAAAAGCGCUGCUGGCGCUGUAAUUCAGCAGAAAUUUAGAGACUCAAUGGCCACUAUGGGCAGUCAGGCCAUGAUCUUGACAUCGGCAGGUCCGACAAGCAUGCCGCACUCAUCUUUCCGGGGUGUGACGCUGAGUUCUGUAAGCUCGUUAUCACUGAAACCGCAGCCAAUGCUGCAAUUCAACUUGCAACUGCCGUCGUUUACGUCAGAAGCGCUGCAUGCUCACAACUACUUCGCUAUACACCUUUUAAAGCCAGAUUCCAGAUCCAAGGCGUUGGCCAGGACUUUCAGCAAAGGAGCCAUGACGCACCAGGACAGCGGAAAGGUAAUGCCUACACAACCUUUCAAAGACCUGACUGAAUCUGUGCACUACAACACUUACAGCCUGAAGGAGAACGACCUGGUAAUUCCGAUGUUGGCAAACGCAGAGCGUGUGUUUGUUUGUCAAAAAAAAGAUGUGUUCAAGGUCGGGGACCAUGAAGUUUGGAUAGGGAAUGUUGAAGAUAUCAUUGAGAACAACACACUAGGUACUGGAAAGAUAAGCGGAGGCUUGAUCUACUGCAAUAGGAAGUUUCACAAGCUUGGUGGGCACAUUGAAUAG